AUGAAGCUGUGUAUUGCCUGCAUAUAUCUGACUCAAAUAUGUCAGUACAUGUCGACAAAAAUAUGUAACUACUCUAAUGGAACUACCUACUGUUGUCCGGGUUACAAGUGGAAUGAAAAACUGAGAGACUGUAAACCAUGUGAAAACGGAUUUUAUGGAAAGGAUUGUAAUACAAAGUGUCCCUCAAAUCGUUACGGUAAAAAAUGCCUGUCAGAAUGUAACUGUACAGACAACAAGAAAUGUCACCAUGUAUUCGGCUGCACAUCAUCCACAGAAGAAACUAUCCACAAAGCUGUUACAACGGAAAGUUUAACUGGUGUGGCCAGCACAACCAAUCAAUUUUCCCAUGAUUCAACUACUAGCUUUUAUGAAAAAGAUUUUUCCACUGCUUCAAUAACAGAAGAAGACAUUCAGCCAAAAGAAUUACAUAUAGAACCGGCUAUGAUUGGUAUAAUCGUAUUGGUAAUGGUAUCCGUGAUCCUAAUGGUACUGAUUUUGUGUACGUAUUUGUUGGAGAAACAGCAACGUGUGUCAAAAAGUCACAAGGAGUCCACAACAAGUGUUUAA